AUGACGAAGAAUAACUUAGCAACUCAUCUCAAAUGGUUGAUAACCCAAGGGAACCCUGUCCAACCCCCUCUGGCGCAAACCAGCUUGCCUGAAUGCAACAAUCACGUAUCACAGCAAUCUAUUCCCCCCACAGACGAAUUCGCGGCCCUCGAUGAUAUCCUUGAAGACGCGGAGAAUGAGACGGAUGUAUCAAUGGCUAGGUUGUUACCUCAAUCUGCGAGCAAGCCUCGAAUGCUGAGCCGACACGAUGCGGUCCCCACCCCUACUCCGUCAAGUACGAAGAAACGGGCUUCGCCGAAACAGCCAAGCAUAGCUCGAGAGUCCUUCCGCCAACCACCAUUAUCAUCAUACAAACCUUCUCGGCCAAAGUCGACUCCAUCGCGACCAAAGAGUUUCCACGCGCCUGAACAGCAUCAGAUCGAAUCGAUUGAUCUGACAGGGGAGCUUGAUCGGUCCUUAUUAUCCUCGUCGGAGACUCUCCCGGCUGGUGAGUCGCGUGGGCCAUGGGCAGAAGAAAGCACCCCAUGCGCAACUCGUGAGAAACGCGGCAAGAAGCGCAAAAGUGACGAGUAUACCUCCGAUCUUCUAUCGCCCUCGAAACAUGCGACGAAAGUGCGGACUGCCUCGAAGGCGGCUCCGUUUCCCGCCACUAAAGCCAUUGUUUCGGAACAGCCCACAAUCCCACGUCAGACAGCUCAAACAACUCAGACAAAUCCCCGAAGCGCGGUGAAACGACUUGGACAUCAUUCACCUGUUGCCCAACGGAGCCAUCGGAAACAAGUGAUCGCGGACUCAGAUGAUGACGAUGAUCUCUUUGACGACUGGCCUGAUAAUGAAGAUCCCGCCGAUAAGAUGAUCUUGAAUGCUGAGGAGAGUUUGUACCCAAUACUCCCCGAGAUGAGUCCAACGGCGGAUGAGAAAAAGAUUGAGACGAAGCGUUCACGAUUGGACUCUACGCCCAAAGCAUCGCUCACUGCGCAACCAUCGACUCAGCCAAAGAAAACGACUUUUGUCAAAGACCCUAUCCCGUCGACACCUUGGUCGAAGCCAUCCAGCUCAGAGGAGAAGGAUCCGGAUCUUCUGAAGUUUUUGACCCUUGGACAUAAUGCCUUCGGGCAUGCGAUUUCCAAGUUGAAGUCUACUCUGCAGAAGAAUUCUGAAAUUGUUUACCAACAGGCCAUGGAGGGUCAGCCAGUCCCAGAAUUGAUCGCCGAGAACAAGGCUCUUGUUGCUCAGAUCGAGGCAAUUGAAUUGUUGCAAAAACAUCAAAACACCCACAAGGGCUGUGUUUCUCGCAAGCAAGAUCUGAAGCAAAACUUGAUACGUGUGAUCUCACAAGGUCUAGACCCAGCAACUAUGCCAGAAGAGCUCGCGCAGAGUCGAGCAGUUGAGGCAGAGUUGGAACAAACCGAAUCAAAAAUCUGUGAGCUCCUAUCUGAAGCCAAUAUUCUCGAGUUAGCGCACGAUUGCCCAUCUGAGAAACACACUCAGCCCACCUUCGAAGCCCACGCAGUCACACGGGAGCCCCCUCUUUUCUCUCCUUCGCGGACCGACUUGAAAACAGAAUCCCGUGGCCAGCAGCAUUUACCCCGAACGAGUCCUAAGAAAACCAAAGAAACAAAUCGGGCAAGUAGCUAUGAAAACUGUAUUUCGCGGAAUAUGGGCACGCCGCCAUUAGAUCCGAUGGAUCUCGAUGAGUUCGACUGGAAUGUCACCGACGAUGACAUAUUAGAGGCAGCAGGGGGCUUCGAUGGUGCUUAUCAGAUACCCGUCCGCGAGCAAGCCAGUCAAAACCGCAAAGUUUUCGCAGAGACGUCCGGCAACAUUCUCAAAGCCCCCGUCCCGAAGAAGUCGCCCGGUCAUAGCGCCUUCUGGUCAAACCAUCCAUGGUCUCAAGAAGUAAGGAAAGUGUUGAAAGAGCGAUUCCAUCUCCGCGGAUUCCGACCCAAUCAGCUUGAAGCAAUUGAUGCGACACUUGCUGGCAAAGAUACUUUCAUUCUCAUGCCUACUGGAGGAGGAAAGUCUCUAUGUUAUCAAUUACCUUCUGUGGUAACGGGUGGACGCACCACGGGGGUAACAAUCGUUAUAUCUCCAUUGUUGAGUCUGAUGGAGGAUCAGGUAUCACACCUGCGGAAACUGAACAUUAAGGCCUUCAUGGUCAACGGCGACACCGGCCCAGAGGAAAAAUCCUGGAUCAUGAGCCAGCUCUCGAACGCAGCUGGCGAGGGGAUGGAGGUCUUGUACAUUACUCCUGAGAUGCUCAGUAAAAGCCAAACCUUGAUCAGAGCCCUUGAGAAGCUUCACGGAAGAAACAGACUAGCACGCCUCGUCAUCGACGAGGCUCACUGCGUCAGCCAAUGGGGCCACGAUUUCCGACCUGAUUACAAGGAGCUAGGAGAGGUUCGAGCCAGGUUCCCUGGUGUGCCAGUCAUGGCCUUGACGGCCACCGCCACUGAGAAUGUCAAAGUUGACGUGAUGCAUAAUCUUAAAAUCACUGAUUGUGAAGUGUUCUUGCAAAGUUUUAACCGUCCUAACCUCACCUACGAGGUACGGUCGAAGGGAAAGAAUGAUGAGGUUCUGGCCAGCAUGGCGGAGACCAUUACAAGCUCAUAUCUGAAUCAGUGUGGAAUUAUCUACUGCCUCUCGCGAAAGACAUGCGACAAGGUUGCAGAGGAUCUACAGAAGAAGUACCACCUCAAGGCGCUCGCUUAUCAUGCUGGUAUGUCAGCCAAUGCAAAAUCGGAAGCUCAGAGGAAGUGGCAGAUGGGCCGAGUGCAUAUCAUUGUUGCCACCAUUGCAUUCGGAAUGGGAAUCGACAAAGCCGAUGUGCGAUUUGUCAUGCACCACAGUAUCCCAAAGAGUCUCGAGGGGUAUUAUCAAGAAACCGGUCGUGCUGGUCGAGACGGCAAACGUUCUGGCUGUUAUCUUUACUUCGGAUACAAAGACACAGCAACCUUGAAGCGGAUGAUCGAUGCAGGGGAUGGCAAUGGUCAGCAAAAAGCCCGUCAAAAACAGAUGUUGCGAAAUGUGGUUCAAUAUUGUGAGAACCGCAGCGAUUGCAGACGAGUGCAAGUCCUCGCCUAUUUUGCGGAAUACUUCCGCCGAGAGGACUGCAACGACACUUGUGAUAACUGCAAGUCCGAUUUGGUGUUUGAGCUCCAUGACUUUACUGAGCAGGCAUCUUGGGCCAUCAAGAUUGUGCGACAAUUCCAGAACACACAGGAGAAGGUGACCGUGCUAUACUGCAGUGACAUACUUCGCGGAGACUGCAAACGGCCUAAAGCUCCAGAGCAUCGCACGAUGCCGGGAUAUGGGAAGGGAUCUGACCUCGACCGUGGAGCAGCCGAACGUCUGUUCUACCGGCUGCUGGGUGAAGACGCAUUGGCCGAAGACAAUGUGAUCAACAAGAGUGAUUUUGCUGUUCAGUACCUCGUUCUCGGCCGGCGUGCAGCGGAGUAUGAGAGUGGCCAGCGACAGAUGAAAUUGCUGGUUCGCGCGUCGCCGAAUAGCAAGGCUAAAGCCAAGAGCAAACCUUCAGGUGCCGCGCAGAAGAAAAAGUCUGGCGGCGAUCCUCAGUCCACCAUGGUCUCUUCUCCAGUCCAAGCUGCCCAAGACCGCCGCCUUGACCGUUAUCAAUAUACCGGUAUUCCAGCUGCACGUCUCUCGGCCGAUGAGGAUAGUGAUGGCUUCGAACCGAUUCGAACCACCGGCAAGCCUCGCCGCGCGAACACACACGAGAUGGGCCCUCCAAUCACCAGCGAUCAGAAAUUGGAUCAACUUGAUCAUAUGCAUCGUGUAGUUGUGGAGGACUUCCAGGAGCAUGCCAAAAUCAUGCUUCAAGAUCUUGUCGUUAAGAAGGGCCUUCGGUGCCAACCGUUCUCUGAUCAGGUGCUACGUGAUAUGGGCAUAUCCUUCCCCUCAAAUCUUACUGAGCUUUCCGCGAUCCCGGGCAUCGACCAAGAUAAGGUGAAGCGCUACGGCCGGCAGAUUCUGGGACUGGUUGAUAAUGCAAAGCGGCGCUACCUGGAAAUGAAGCAGGAAGCAGAGACCAGCGGCAUUGUUCCGGAUCCCAACCACCAUAAUGUCAUCAAUCUCAGCAGCAGUGAUGAGUAUAGCGACGACGACUUGUUCAUGGAUGAUGUUUCUGCCUUCAAUCUGGAUAAUCCUGUUGCAACCGCACCCAGCAAUGCGGCUGAAAAUAUCACAAGUCGUUAUUUCCCUCCAGCAGCAUCUCCGGGGAUGAUGGGUAUGACUCUGGUAACGACUGGGAAUCAGGUACUGCGCCUUCCGGCUCCAAGAGUCGCAAGCGCCAGCCUGCUAGUGGAAAACGACCGUCAAGGCGUAAAUAUGGCUCCACUGGCAGCUGGAAGAGCAAAAGCGCACGCCCAAAGGCCAAAUCCGGCGAUCGUCCAACAAGCCAGUCAUCUGCGCCGCGAAAGAAUGCCAGGGCCAAAACGCCGAAGUCUACGAUUGGAAUGA